AUGUUUGUGAAACUUUUUAUAAAUACCCAAAAAUAACUUUAUUUUUUUAUUACGUCAAUGAUUUUUAUUUGUCAAAUUCAAGUAACAAAUAACAAUUUGAAGUUUUAAUGAAAAAAAGCAAUUUAUAAGUAUAGCUUACGCACUUUAAAUAUUUAUUAUCGGCUACCUUCUUAAAUAAUUCGUUAGAAAUGUCAACAGAAAAAGAUGAUGAAGGUGAACCAGAAACCAUGGAAGAAGCGGGCAUAUUGGAAGCAGAUGUCGGCGCUAAUUUCGACCAACAGCUAGCGGGCAUUGACCCCAAGCUGAAGAUUGACAUGGACCCCCUGGCGCACCGCCACCUGCGGCCGGAGAUGAUGCUCAUACGCGAGGAGUUGCGCCAGGCCAAGCUGCAGACUCUAGCUGUGCGCCGUACUGCGUUGAAGAAGCUCCUGAUGAAGGAUUUCUUGCAAGAAGACCGCGAGCUCCGGAACAUAGGGCUUUCGUACGCGCCGCCCGACCCUUAGAUUUACUUUACUAGACUACAAUAAAGUACUUAUUAAAGUAAAGCAUU